CGAUCUCAGUUCAAUAAAAAUGGAAGAUGUUGUUUAUCUGUAGGUUAUCACUAAUAAUUAUUAAAGAAAAAAAAAUGUUAAGUAUGAGCAUUUCACUCUUAUUUAGUAUGCUACAAAAACAACUUGGUAUACCUACCUAUCUUUUAUUAAUUAAUAUGUAGCAAAAGCAGUAGUUGUUUUUCCAGGGAUAAAAUUUAAUUUGAGACCAAUACAGAAGAAAAUAAUAAAAACUAUGGAUCAUAAGUUUAAUGCUGAAUCUCAAAUUAGCUCAUCUUCAAGUCUAGAAGAUAAUGAAAUUGUCCACAUUACUGUUCCUGACAGUUCCACACACUUAAGUGUCACCACCGUCCUUAAUUAUUGCAAGAGCAAAAUUUUGACGCCGUAUUUGAGGUUUUUGAGUUUCAUGGGACUUCGAUCCAUCUUAAACAAUCACGAUGCUUGCAUUUGUUGGAGAAUCUUCAGUUCGAUUUACAUUCUUUUAGCCGUGGGAUUCAUGAUCGUAGGUUAUCUUUUGCAAUACAUGUCCUGUUUUAGACGAGAACGAGGGUUUUGCUACAUGUAUUUGAGCAACAACAAAACUCUUAGAGCUCAGUACGAGUCCAUUUUUUAUGAAACAUGCGAAGCUUCGGUAGUAUUCAGUUUUAUUCUACCGAGUUUGUUACAUUUGCUGGCCUAUCUGCAUUUAGUUUUCGUUUAUCGAAACAAUGAUGAUGAACAACUGCCUAUUCUCAUGGAAAGAGUAUUUUUGGCAUCAACAUCUAUUUCAAAUGGAUUUAUAAGUCAAAGGAAAUUAGUAAGAACCCUUAGAUUGUUUUUCAUUAGUAGCUUAAUUUGGUUGAGCUUAUCGUUUACAGUGGUAAACUAUAUGAUGGCACAUGGAGAUGUUUAUUUCAAAUGGAUUAAACAUGGUUCACUCGAACUUACACUGUUCCUAAAAAUAGUGCUAGUAGCUAGUACUCUAUGGCACGAUCUAAUACAGUGUACCAUAAUUUCAAAUUACUGUUUACAAGCUCAAUUGCUGAGGUCGUAUGUGAAAUUUACAAGGGAAAGAUUACUUCAAUACCCUGUACCGCCGUUGGAGUGGAUGAGAGAUAUAGAAGACUUCAAAAAAUUGCUUCAUUAUUUUAACAAAAGAAUUUCACCAUCCGUUUGCUUACUGACCGUUACGGAUUUAGCGUUCGCCUUAUCUGGAACGCUUUGGAUAUUCCGCUACGACCUUAUUGACAAAGAGACUUUACCGAUUUUAGGAUUCAGCGUCCUAAAUAUUUUAUUGUGGGCCUUUAUGGCCCUAGCGCCUUUCAUACAGGCUGCCAGAUUGUCAAAUUCCUGUGAAGUCCUGAAAUUGGUCGGACAAGAGUCCCGAGCCCGUCCUUACGUCCAUCAAGACACUCCAACGAUAGAACUAGAUUCUAUUUUACUUUACACAACUAGCUUGAAAAUAAAUGCUCAACUUUUUUACUUACCUAUCACGGGUAGAACGUUAUUUUUUUGUAUUACCGUAAGCGCAGUCGUCAUCCUGACGCUGGGUCAAUGUCAUUAUCUUUUAACAAAGUAGUGUUGAUGCAUUAAAAUUGUUAAUUAUU